AUGACCCCCGCACGUGCUCUCCAUCUGGGGAAAUCUAUCAAGACCGCCUCUCGCGCGCAACGACUUUUCUCGACUUCGUUGCAACGAGAUGCUACCUGGGGAUUUAUUGGACUUGGUCGCAUGGGCUAUCCCAUGGCAAAGAAUCUACGCGCCAAAAUACCUGCGUCAGAUACCCUGAUCGUGCACGAUGUCAAUGAACAAGCUAUGCGCCAAUUCGUCGACGAGGCCAAGACAGCUAGCACCGGUCCUGUCGAGUUUACUGACAGCGCCAGAACAUUGGCUGAAAAAUCAACAAAUAUCAUCACCAGUCUCCCGCAGCCAGUCCAUGUUCGACACGUUUUCCACUCCAUCCUCAAGCCAGGUCCUCUCCCCCAGCUUGAACAAGAACGUCUCUUCAUCGACUGCUCCACCAUCGACCCCGUCACCUCUAAAGAAGUCGCCUACGCCGUCCAAGCGCCCAAGCAAGGCCGCUUCGUCGAUGCGCCUAUGUCCGGCGGUGUAGUUGCCGCCGAAGCCGGGACUCUUUCGUUCAUGUUCGGCGCCUCGUCCAAAACAGGUGCUCUGAUUGAGCGCGUCAAGUCCAUUCUCGCACUCAUGGGCAAGAAGACCUGGCAUUUGGGUGAGCAAGGAACGGGUGUGAGCGGCAAGUUGGCUAACAACUACAUCCUCGCAAUCAACAAUAUUGCCGUCGCCGAAGCCAUGAAUCUCGGUAUUCGAUGGGGAUUGGAUCCGAAAGUGCUAGCUGAGAUGAUUAAUUCCUCGACUGGUCGUUGCUGGCCUAGUGAAGUCAACAAUCCCGUUCCUGGCGUUGUUGAGAAGUCCCCCGCUAGCCGUGGUUACGAGGGCGGAUUUGGGAUUGGAUUGAUGCGCAAAGAUUUGAAGCUUGCGAUUGACGCCGCCCAAGAAUCAGGCGCGCCCUUGGAAUUGGCUGCUACUGCACGCGGUCUAUACGAGGCCGUUGAGGAUAUUCAUCCUGGAAAGGACUUUUCGGUUGUUUACAAGUACUUGAGCGAUAUUUCUCGUCGGUGA